GUGGUCACGGGCGGAGCCUCAUCACAAACUUCGGGAGAAAUGUUUGGAAUUCCGUUUCCGCUGUAGGGAGUGGACACUGAUUUUUUUUCCCUCUAUUUGACUGUUUUGCAGUUUUACCCUCUUCUGCUCGGCCGUUUUCUGUGGAUUAACUCGGUUAUUUUCGGUCGUGUGGACAAUGGCCUCCUCGCCGCAGAAGUCUCCUUCUUCCCCGAAGUCCCCGACUCCCAAAUCCCCGACCUCCAGGAAGAAAGACGACUCAUUCCUGGGGAAACUCGGCGGAACUUUGGCGAGAAGGAAGAAGGCAAAAGAAGUGUCUGAGCUUCAGGAAGAAGGGAUUAAUGCCAUCAACCUCCCCCUCAGCCCCACCCACUAUGAACUGGACCCUGAAGACACCAUGCUGGAGGAGAACGAAGUUCGUACCAUGGUGGACCCUAACUCCAAGAAUGACCGUAAACUGCAGGAGCUGAUGAAGGUGCUGAUCGACUGGAUAAACGAUGUCCUGGUUGGAGAGAGGAUCAUCGUCAAGGACCUGGCUGAAGAUCUUUACGAUGGUCAGGUGCUGCAGAAGCUCUUUGAGAAGCUGGAAGGGGAGAAACUGAACGUGGCCGAGGUGACCCAAUCAGAGAUCGCCCAGAAACAGAAGUUGCAGACGGUUCUGGAAAGAAUCAACGACUCCCUCAAACUGUCCACCAGGAACAUUCGCUGGAACGUGGACUCUGUUCAUGCCAAGAGUAUAGUGGCCAUCCUGCACCUGCUGGUGGCGCUGUCGCAGCACUUCAGAGCACCCAUCAGACUCCCAGACCAUGUAUCCAUUCAGGUGGUGGUCGUUCAGAAAAGAGAGGGGAUCCUCCAGUCCAGACAGAUCCAGGAGGAGAUCACCGGCAACACAGAGGCCUUUUCUGGCAGACAUGAGCGCGACGCCUUCGACACCCUGUUUGACCACGCCCCAGAUAAACUCAAUGUUGUCAAAAAGACUCUGAUCACAUUUGUGAACAAACACCUGAACAAGCUCAACCUGGAGGUGACAGAAUUGGACACACAGUUUGCAGAUGGAGUUUACCUGGUGCUGCUGAUGGGGCUGCUGGAAGGCUACUUUGUUCCACUCUACAACUUCUUCCUCACACCAGAAAACUUCGAUCAAAAGGUCCACAACGUCUCCUUCUCGUUUGAGCUGAUGCAGGAUGGAGGUCUGGAGAGACCAAAGCCCAGACCUGAGGACAUCGUCAACUGUGACCUUAAGUCCACACUUCGUGUCCUCUACAACCUUUUCACCAGUUACAGGAAUGUAGACUGAGUGCCCCCUGCUGGCCGCAUUAGAGAAGUGGACCCUAACAAGAUUUCAAUGUAACGUGUUGUUUUUUUCCUCUAAACACACGCCCCUUAUGUUUGAUUCUGCCCAGUCUUUUGUCUGGGGAAAGUCAUCACUACACUACAACUCCUUUUUACAGCUAAAAGAAAGUGUUAUAUUUAUUUUUUAUUGUAUGUUUUCUUUUCAUCUUAAUCUAAUUUUCUUUUUUACUGAUUUCUCUGCUCCUUAUUAUCAUUUGUCUUAAUUUUCAGUUAUUUUU